AUGCCGCAAGUUGUCUACUAUCACCGCGGAGUUGGCACAGAAGAGUCUCUUGCGGCUAGGACCAUUGGCGGAGCUUUUGGCACUGGCGUCCUGACGGACAUCAAGGAUUGCUAUCGUUUCAUUUGCGAGAACUACAGCCCGGGCGACGAAAUUGUGAUCGUGGGAUUCUCUCGUGGGGCCUUUACUGCUCGAUCCGUUUCUGGAAUGGUGUGUUCCAUUGGGCUUCUCAACAGCUUUGGCCUGAGCAACUUCGGAGUCAUCUUCGACGAUUACCAAGACUUCCCCAACUGGACCAAGUUCGCUGCUUACGACGAGAAGAAGCAUCUGAAGGCCUUCAAUCUGACCAAUGACUUGCAUCGGCAGAUGGCGGCCAAGGAUGAGGCUGACCAUGAGAAAGAAGAGUGGGUUGACAGGUUUGGGUACUUCGAUGGAAAGGACAUCAAGGACGUCGAGAAGUCCAAUUACGAGAAGAAUAAGAAUCGAUUCGACCGCCUUAAGAUGAUAGGGUACGAACACAAUAGGCAGACAGAGAGGUCAGUGGAAGGCAAGGUGCGCAAGAUGGUGAACAAGUAUCGUGAUUACCUCAAAGGCUUCAGAAUGAUUCACUGUGUGCAAGGGGAGGACGGCAAGUGGGUCCCCGAAGUCGUAAGAGUCAAGGCCGUGGGCGUCUGGGACACGGUUGGUAGCCUCGGUUAUCCCAAGAUGCCGUGGCGUCUUGAUAUCGUCCGGCCUGGACGUGACCCCAGAGAGUUGCGCUUUGCUAGCCGCAACAUCUCCGACAGGGUCGACUAUGCAUUCCAUGCACUUGCAUUGGAUGAGUGGCGAACCACUUUCAAGCCCACCUUAUGGGGCAAGGCCGAGGGAAACAAGACAACCCAUCUUCGCCAGGUGUGGUUUCCAGGAACUCAUAGCGAUGUCGGUGGAGGCACUGAGGAUAACCGUAACCCUCUGGUCUCGCUUGCAUGGAUGGCGGAUCAGCUCUCAUCUAUCGGCGUGGAGUUUGUUCCCGAGGAGAUGGUUCGCGUCUUCCGAUCGGUGGGCUUCAAGAACGAGCCUCGGCAAUGGGGCAUGGCUAUCAUCACCAGUCCCGGGGGAUUCACGAGUGUGCCUGAUAAGGUGUAUGAUGCAGUGAAGUCCCCCCUGAACUCCUUCAUGGGAUAUAACACCCAAAAGGGAAGCCGUACGCCAGGCCUCUACACUUCCCAGAAAGGUGAUGCGCUCGGGGAAACUCAUGAACUCAUCCAUCCAUCGGUUCGCAUUCGCUACGUAUAUAAGGGCAACGACCUGACCGACAAGAGUGAAUGGACGUGUCCUGCACUGACCUCGAUCGAGAAUGGGUUUGAAAUCCGUCGGGCGGCAACAGACCGACCAGAGUGGGCCAAACGACCUGGACCGACUUACGGAUUCACCUACAAGACACUAACUGGCGAUGUGUCCUCUAUUCACGGAGGUAUGCCUAUCGAAGACUCCAUGGUGGUGCCGAAGCAGAUGCCAUUUGAGGAGGACCUCUACCAGCCCGAGCGCACUGAAGGCUGGAUCUGGGAAACCCUGCGCCAGCCUAACCAUGAGCAUGGAAAGUGGGUUUGGCAGAAACUUCCUGCGGGAGGAGAAUUGAGCAAAGACGAGCAUGGGGAGAGAUGGGUCUGGAAAGAAAUGGACCCGAUGGUUAAUGGAGGUGAGGUCAGAAAGGUUGACGAUGGAGAGAGGUGGGUUUGGGUCAACACAAAGCGUAACAUGACCCUCCACGAGGAGCAGAUCGGCAUGUGGGAGCGUCUCUACAUAAGGACGACGAAGGAUGAAGUUGAGAUGGAGCAAAGAAGACGUGCUAAGAGCGCGAACUCGAAGUCUGAGAAGGACGCCAACAAGCCCCAGCCUGGCUUUUUCGGACGCGCCUUUGCGGGCAUCGGACGCGUCACUAAGGCCGUUGGCACCGCAGUCACUGCCCCCGUCAGAGGUGCGGCGUAUGCCACGAAGCAAGUCACCAACUUCGUCGGCGACAUGUUAUCCACAAGGGUGGCAUCCAAGAGACAAGUCUUGGGACUCACGAAGAAGAGAAACCAGGGUUCCUACGGUUAUUAUGAUUUCAUCUCUUGGCAACAUGGAGAUUUGAGAGAGCGCCGGAAUCUCUCCAACGGGAGAGCAUGA